AUGCUGGAAACAAUCACCUCCAUGCGAGAGCGAGGCAUUGACCUGAUCUACGGCCGCUGGCUCAUCGAAGGCGCUCCUCGAGUCGUCCUCAUCGACACCGGGACGGGAUACAGAUACCUGGAUGAGUGGAAGGGAGAUCUGUGGAACACGUCUGGCAUCCCGUCACCUGCUGCGGACCACGAGACCAAUGAGGCCAUUGUGUUCGGUUAUCUGGUGGCAUGGUUUCUAGGAGAAUAUAUUGCCCAUGAGCGGCACCGUGCCGUCGUCGCGCAAUUCCACGAGUGGUUGGCAGGCGUUGCUCUGCCGCUGACCAAGAAGCGCCACAUGGAUCUGACGACCAUUUUCACCACCCAUGCAACCUUGCUGGGCCGAUACCUCUGCGCCGGUUCGGUUGAUUUCUACAACAACCUACAGUACUUCGACGUAGAUGCAGAGGCCGGGAAAAGAGGCAUCUACCACCGGUACUGCAUAGAGCGGGCCGCAGCACACAGCGCGGACGUCUUUACGACCGUUUCCCACAUCACGGCGUUUGAAAGUGAGAAUCUGCUCAAGCGAAAACCAGAUGGGGUGUUGCCCAACGGGCUGAAUGUCAAGAAGUUCUCUGCAGUGCAUGAGUUCCAGAAUCUGCACCAGCAGGCCAAGGAGAAGAUCAAUGCUUUUGUCCAGGGGCAUUUUUACGGCCACAACGACUUCGAUCUGGAUAACACCCUAUAUUUCUUCACAGCCGGCCGGUACGAGUUCCGAAACAAGGGCGUUGAUAUGUUCAUCGAGGGUUUAGCCCGCUUGAAUCACCGCCUCAAGGUCAACGGGUCCAAAGUUACCGUCGUGGCAUUCAUCAUUAUGCCUGCGCAGACAUCGUCACUCACGGUCGAGGCGCUCAAGGGCCAGGCUGUGGUGAAAUCACUGCGGGAGACCGUCGAGAUGAUAGAAAAGGACAUUGGGAGGCGCAUCUACGAGCGCAGCCUGGCGUGGAAGGAAGGCGACAAUAUGCCGGAUGAGAAGGACCUCAUUACAAGUCAGGACCGCGUCCUGCUGCGACGCCGGCUCUUUGCUAUGAAGCGGCAUGGACUCCCUCCCAUUGUCACUCACAACAUGGUCAAUGAUGCCGAGGAUCCCAUUUUGAAUCAACUGCGCCGCGUUCAACUCUUUAACCACUCAUCAGACCGCGUAAAGGUUGUCUUCCAUCCGGAGUUUCUCAACUCCUCCAAUCCCGUCCUGCCCCUUGAUUACGAUGACUUUGUGCGUGGCACGCAUCUGGGGGUGUUCCCAUCCUAUUAUGAGCCUUGGGGUUAUACGCCAGCAGAAUGCACCGUCAUGGGCGUCCCCAGCAUCACAACCAACCUCUCUGGAUUCGGCUGUUACAUGGAUGAAUUAAUCGAGAAUUCCUCUGACUACGGAAUAUAUAUUGUGGAUCGUCGAACAAAGGGAGUGGAUGAUUCAGUAAAUCAAUUAACCGAUUUCAUGUUUGACUUUACAAUGAAGAGCCGACGACAGCGAAUCAACCAACGAAACAGAACAGAGCGCUUGAGUGAUCUGCUGGACUGGAAGCGAAUGGGUCUGGAAUAUGUCAAGGCUCGUCAACUGGCCCUGCGAAGAGCCUAUCCAUCAUCCUUUGACGGUGCCCAGGAUUUCUAUGAUAUAAUCGGAGGAACAGAGCAGAAGCUCUCACGGCCAUUGUCUGUGCCAGGAUCUCCGAGGGACCGCUCAGGGGUGAUGACUCCAGGAGAUUUUGCAUCACUCCAGGAAGGUCGGGAAGGGCUGAGCACGGAAGACUAUGUCGCAUGGCGACUACCUGAAGAGGAAGAGCCGGACGAUUAUUACUACCCACUGACUCUACGGACGAAGAGUGCGGCGGAUCGCACUGCUUCGCCGUUGGACAGCGUAUCCGUUAACGGGGGUGCUCAGAAACAGUGA